GAUGUUGAUAUAGGGAUCCCCCCAAAGAUGUAAAACGAAUGAUGCGCACCCAGGAAGGGGUAGGCAAGCCAUGCAACUUCACAUUCAACCGUCCCGCACAUCGUUACAUUUUGGCAUACGAUCUGCAUGGGAGAGGGUCCCUAUGGGGAGAUUAAUUUUUUUUUAGAGUUCCACCUCCGUAGCGUUGACUUUAAUAGCGCAGUGGGGGGAAACAGCACCGAGCGUUCUAAACCCUGUCGACGUGAUGAGAAGCAUCUCCCGAACAAAGUUGACCCUCUAGGAAGCGUCGCCGCGAGAGAGGAAGCAAAACCACGGGAUGUUGCCCACUUGAGGAAGGGCGAUCCCCCAGGCAGCAUUUCCCAUCGAAUGAGCACCACAUUUUGGCGCCAUUUCGAAGAGCUCACAAGGGAAGGUGAAGAAGAGCGAAAGUCAGUCAAAGUGAUGCCACCUUAACGUACACCUCGUUAGGCAAAAAAAGUCAUGCUCCAGAUGUUCCUCACGCAUUGCUCGCUUAGUUUUAAUUUCCCCCCCCACUCCCCAAUGUAAUCUCGCACAACCGGCACAGCAUAGCAAUAAUGACUUUGAAAUUUCUGCUUUUACUUUUUCUUCACCGUUUUGCGGUCAAAUGCUUUUCCCUGAAGAGGCCACUCCUGAGUAGCCCCCGAAAUUCACCUGUCCUACUCAACGGCGCAAAUUCGAAGGCCCUCCAAAACGGCAGCAACUACUUCUUCUGCGCUGCCAAAAAAAAACACCCCGCAGGUAGUAACAAAUUCAGUUUGCGCGAAAAAAAAGAAGACGAUAAUACCGAACCGUCCAAAAAUAAUUCCCCCAAUUCAAACAUAUUUCGAAACAAAUACAACUACAUUCCGUCACUACAAGAAGUCAAGGCGGACAUAGAGAAUUUCAAGAGAGAAAAAUCUUUUUACUUCACGGAACACAGUAUACUCGAAGCCAUCAGCGUAGAAAAUAACAUCGUCGUGGUCAACAUUGAGGGCAUGUUUUUCGAAGACAUUAACGUAGUAUUCGCAGAAGUAACCAAGUAUUUGCUCAACAAGCAUUUGGGCAUUUUGGGCGUACACCCGUACAACAUCAAGUCGCUCAACAUAGGAAACGGGGAAACUUAA